AUGGCUAUUCUUGAAACAAAAGUACGAUGUACUAAUGUUAAUAGAGUAUGCUCUAGUAUUUGGGAAAGUUGGGAACAUUGCAGUAAUGAGAGGGAUGGUUCUAUCAGCAGAAUAUGGAUUGGAUGGAAUAAAGCUACUAUUAGACUCAAUGUUAUUGCGGAUGAUGCCCAAUACAUGCAUUGUGAUGUGAAGCUUGUAAGGGAAAACACUAGUAUUGGCUUGACAAUAGUCUAUGGCAGCAAUAAUCCUAUGGAGAGGAAGGUUCUUUGGAGUAGUCUCAUAAAUAAAUCCCACAUGAUGCAAAACUCCCCUUGGAUUAUAUUGGGAGAUUUUAAUGCUAUUAAACACCCUCAAGAAAAGGUUGGUGGGGCAACUUGGGGUAAUUACUACUGUGAGGACCUUAGGAAUUGUAUGAGGGAUACCGAAUUGGAUGAUCUAAGAUUCAUGGGUCAUCUCCUAACUUGGAGCAACCGUAGUGAAGGUGAGAGAAGGAUUGCAUGUAAACUAGCUAGGGCCCUUAUUAAUGAUUCUUGGAAGGAUAUAUUCCCGAAUGCUAUGGCUCAUUUCCUCAACCCCUCUAUAUCCGCUCACUCUCCUUGCAUGGAAGGUGAUCAAAAUACAAAGUUCUUCUUCAAGAGCAUCGAAGGUAGAAGGAAUAGGAACUCUAUCUAUGGGAUCCAAAGAAAGGAUGGAUCUUUUGUACACAACAUGGAGGAGGUCAAGGAGGAAUUUGUGGAACAUUUCAAAUCUGUCCUAAACGGAAAUGAGCAUUCUAAUGUGGAUCUUGAAAAGCUCAAAAAGUUAGUCAAAUUUCGGAUUGGAUGUGAGGAAAAGGAUAUGCUCAUAAGAGAUAUUUCAGCGGAGGAAGAGAUAUUUCAGCGGAGGAGAUCAAAGAAAACAUUUUUGCCAUGGAUAAUAACAAAGCCCCGGGUCUGGAUGGAUAUGGUGCAUGUUUUUUCAAGGCUGCAUGGAACAUAG